AUGGACCCCCAUGGCCAAUUUUCGAGUCGCGGUCGGUCUCCGUCCGCGGGCGUCAAGAGUCGCAAUGUCAGCCCCUCACCGCACGCGCAUUACCAGGACGUAGCUGGUAUCUCUUCGACCUCGGCCCUGUCACUCGACCCUGCUACCAUGGCCUCUACAGCUGGACCUUUCCCCGACGUUUCAUACACAUCCGCAAUUCUAGAUUCAACCGGCGGCGCCGAUACCUAUGCCGUGAAUCAGUCCUAUCUGGCCGCACAACAACAACACCCGUCCCCCCACUCUGACAAUGCCUUUGCGCAAGCCCAACAGUAUUCGCCAUCCUUUGCGGCCAGUUUCAGCAACCAGCUCGAACAGUCGUCGGGCCAUCAGGAUGAAAAUUUUUCGAGUUUGUUGCACUCGAACCCCACCGAUUUUGACUUUACGCAGUACCCGGCAGAAGCUACCGGGGUGGCCACCAACUACGACCCUUCUCUGUUGCAGUCGCAACAGUCGCAGCAGGGAAACCAAUUGAUGAAUACAGGCGAUAUCACGGGCCAGAUGGGCUCUCCUCACUUGCUGGCUCCCGAGCACCGCUCUUCGCCCGGCCAUAGCCACACAUCUCCUCCCUCGUUUUAUUCACCACAGCAUUCUCGCCAUACUUCACUGGACCCAGUUAGCGCGGCCUUUAUGACGAACCAACCCCAGACCGACUGGCAAGGAAUGCUGGGAAACCCUGCUUUUCAAGGUCAUCGUCGUGCUCCGUCUGAACAUUCGGAUGUCUCUUCGGUCUCUCACCAUUCUCCUUAUACCGGCCACCAGGAAUCUUUUGAAACCGUUGACGGCACGUCCCCUUCGCUGGUCGCUCAAAGUGACCCGGCUCUGUAUGAAAACGCUCUGGGAAUUGAAGCGUUUACACUCUCGGAGCAGCAGCAGCAGCAACAGCAACAACAAGGGUUGAGCCCUGGUCACAGCCCCUACGUCUCACCACAGCUUUCUUCGCAGGAUCUUAGCAAUGAUGGGUUGUUUCUUGCCAGCCAGCAAAACACUACUCAGUUUCCCGCCAUGCCCAAUGACAUCUACCAAGGUUCCAAUGAAGGUGUCAUGCAGGCGCCAGAUCUGCACCUUACGGAUUCUCAGCUGAGCAACAUGGCGCCGCCACCAGCUAUCAAUGUGGAAUUUGCUCCCCCCUCUAGAAUACCCAGUUUUGGACCCGGAAACGACGCUGAUUUUGAUGGACUCUCGCCGCCGUCUCGCUCUCGUGGAAGAAGUAAGUCCGAUCCAUUCGGACGUCCUCCUGCAGUUAAUCGCCCACACUCUUCGUCUGUUUCGUCAACCAGCAGUAUGGAUCCGGCCGUAGGCUCAGCUCCACGUUCCCUAUCACCGUUUGACUCCAUUGGUGGUGGGUCGCGCAGUAACCCUGCGUCACGGGAUGCAUCACCAUCAUCUAAAGGUAAUGGUCGCAGACUGUCGACUUCGUCUAUUGAAAGUCGCAAUUAUAUCCUUGAUCUGGCCGAUCCUCAGCGAUCCGGGGCGUCACCGAACGAGUCAAAACGGACGCAAAAACACCCAGCGACGUUUCAGUGUAAUCUCUGUCCCAAGCGCUUUACUCGGGCGUAUAACUUACGUUCCCAUCUCCGAACCCACACGGAUGAGCGACCAUUUGUUUGUACGGUAUGUGGGAAAGCCUUUGCGCGACAACACGACCGGAAGAGACACGAAGGUCUACACUCUGGCGAGAAGAAAUUCGUCUGCCGUGGCGAACUGUCCCGGGGCGGUCAAUGGGGGUGUGGACGGCGCUUUGCCCGUGCAGACGCUUUGGGCCGUCAUUUCCGGUCCGAGGCUGGCCGAAUCUGUAUCAAGCCACUACUCGACGAAGAAGCAGACGAGAGGAAUAGAACCAUGAUGGAGCAACACCAAAACCAACAAACCGGACACCUACAAGCAGUCCAGCAACCCAUGAUAAUCCCCGGGUUGGACAACCAGCCCGGUGGCGGCUUCACGCUUCCUGCAGCAUUGCUCGCUCAAUAUCCAGCUUUGCAGACCUUGCAAUGGGAUCAAAUUGCAACAGGCGAGGACCCUAACGAUAUAAGUGGCCGGAGCAGUUUUGAUGCCAGUUCAGGCGGAGAAUUUGGAUUUGACGACGAUGAUCUUGGCGGAAAUUAUAAUGCUGCAGGGCCCAUGUACGGCAUCAAUAAUCCUGGAUCCCAGAACUUUGGCAUGAAUCCGGCAAACCCUAAUUUUACUGGCCAGGAAUGGAAUCAAUAA